AUGUGUCGAACACUGGAACAGUCGAACAGAACCAACGGCCAACGGGCAACGGCCACCGCCACUCCGCCAGGAAGUAAUCGAGUAGAGAGACUGAGAGUCUCACACAGUCACACAGUCACACAAUCACUCAUAAGUAAGAAAUCAGUAUCGGAGAAUCAGAACUCAGAAGUCAGAAGAGAUCAAGAGAGAUUGUUUUAUGUUGACAAUACUGGUUUAAGUGGAGGUCUGGCUUUGUUGUGGCGGAAAAAUAGCACUGCAAGUUUGUUGAGUUAUUCAAAGAAUCAUGUUGAUGUGAUAGUUAAAGUUUCUUGUUCGGCACCGUGGCGGAUAACAUGUUUCUACGGGUUUCCCGAGCGCAACAGGAGGAGGGAGUCAUGGGAGUUACUUCAAUCCCUAGCUGGGAGAUCUUCUCUUCCUUGGGUGGUAUUAGGGGAUUUCAAUGACCUCUUAUACCAGUCCGAGAAGCGUGGGGGUAAUCCAAAUCCUGAUGCGUUAUUACGUGGUUUUGGUGAGGCUGUUGAUGCAUGUGGGCUGGUACAACUACCUAUGCGAGGUUACCGGUUCACGUGGGAAAGGAGGAGAGGUACGGAAGGGUGGAGGGAGGAGAGAUUGGAUAAGGUUCUGGCAACUGAUAGUUGGUGUACCCUACAACCGAGUGCAGUAGUGGAUAAUAUUCUCAUGCGGUCAUCGGAUCAUUCAGCUUUGCACCUAUGUUUCCGUGACGGAGGUACAAGGAUUCAUGGUGGCAGCCGGAGUUUUAAAUUUGAGAUGGCCUGGUUGUUAGAUGAUGGUUGUAGGGGUGUUGUGGAGUCUGCCUGGCAACUUGGGAGGACGAAAGGACUUUUGGGCUGUCUAAAGCUAUGUGGUGACAAGUUGAUGGCUUGGGGAGGGGAUCACUUCCACAAGUUUGGAGAACAAAUCAAACACCUGCGGAGGAGUCAAUUGACUAUGCGAGAACGUAGGGACCCAGCUUCACUGGCUGAGUUCCGACACUUAGAGGACCAGUUGGUUCGUUUGGAGGCCCAAGAAGAAGUCUUUUGGAGGCAGCGUGCUAAACAACAUUGGCUGAAGGGUGCAGACACUAAUACACGUUUCUAUCACAGGCUUAAGAAUGCUGAUGGUGUUUGGGUUGAGGGUGAUCCCCUCAAUACUGUGGUGCUAGCUUAUUAUAAUGAUAUUUUUCGAUCAAACGGUUCGACAACCACGGAUCAAUUUUAUGCUUCUGUGAUGCCCAAAAUCACGCAGGAGGAUAAUGAGGCCCUGCUUCGUCCGUUUGAUCAUGAUGAGGUAAAGGCUGCACUUUUUUCUAUGUUCCCUGACAAAGCACCAGGACCUAAUGGUAUGAACCCAGGGUUCUACCAACAAUACUGGGAUGUGGUGGGAGCCGAUGUGUCCGCAUUUGUGAUUAAUUGUUUGAAUACUUGCACCUUUCCGGAUUCUCUGAAUGAUACCAAUGUAGUUCUCAUCCCCAAGAAGAGUGUGCCUGAGACUGUCUCUGAUCUCAGGCCCAUUGCACUGUGCAAUGUAGUAUACAAGAUUAUGGCAAAGGUGUUGGCUAACAGAAUGAAACAUCUGUUGGGGAACAUCAUAUCGGAGUCGCAGAGUGCUUUUAUUCCUGACAGGCUGAUCACGGAUAAUAUCUUGGUGGCAGCAGAAAUUGGACACUAUCUGAACAGGAAGCAGAGUGGUUCAGUAGGGUGGGGGGCUUUAAAUCUUGAUAUGGCAAAGGCGUAUGAUCGGAUGGAGUGGUCUUUUUUACAUAAUAUGUUACAUGCCCUGGGUUUUGCAGAGCGGUGGAUUAAGUUAAUAAUGCUUUGUGUGACUACUGUUUCCUAUAAUUUCUUAAUUAAUGGUCUCAGUAGUGGUCAGGUUAUCCCAACUCGAGGCCUGAGACAGGGUGAUCCCCUCUCCCCAUAUCUUUUCAUUAUUUGUGCAGAAGGACUCUCUUUACUCCUCCAGAAGGCACAAUUAGAGGGUUCAAUCCAUGGCUAUAGAGUUGCAAGGGGUGCUCCCCCUAUAUCACACUUAUUUUUUGCAGAUGAUAGCUUGUUAUUCUUCAGAGCAAAUUCUCAAGAAGCAAAUGUCAUCAAGCAAUGUUUGCAAGUAUACGAAGGCUUAUCCGGUCAGGCUGUAAAUUUGCAUAAGUCUAGUGUCUGUUUUAGCAGAAACACCACGGAGGAUAUACGGGAGGAAGUGGCGCAAGUCCUGGGUGUGGUUCAGGCGCCAAAUUUCGGGAAGUACUUGGGGUUGCCAGCUUUUGUAGGAAGAAACAGAAAGGCUGCCCUUUCAUAUAUUGAGGAUAAAAUCCGUCAAAGGGUGGGUUCAUGGAAUAAGAAGCUCUUGUCACAGGCUGGUAAAGAGGUUUUGUUGAAAACUGUGGCUCAGGCAAUGCCCACCUUUUCAAUGAGUGUGUUUUUACUACCUACAUCAUCAUGUCAAUCAAUUCAAAGGACUAUGAAUAGGUAUUGGUGGGAUUCUGGGAAUGAUAGAAGGAUUCACUGGAAAGCCUGGGAUCGCUUGUGUGUGCCAAAGAAAUUUGGGGGUCUUGGUUUCAAAGAUUUACAAGCUUUUAACCUGGCAAUGUUGGGGAAGCAAGCCUGGAGAUUCCUGACUAAGCCACAGUCUUUGGUGGCUAGGAUAUACAAGGCAAGGUAUUUUCCGCGGACCUCUUUUAUUGAAGCUAACUUAGGUUCAUGCCCGAGUUAUUGUUGGUGGAGUAUCAUGGCUGCACAUGAUAUGGUUUGUAGGGGUGUGAGAAGAAGAAUAGGAGAUGGGAAGUCUACAUUGAUCUGGGGUCAUCCCUGGCUCCCUGAUGACCCAAAUCCUAUGGUUCAUACUCCAAUGCCCCCUACUCUAGAAGGCUCGCUGGUUUCUGGCCUAGUGGAUGAAACCACUAAUUCUUGGGAUCACUCAAUUCUGACAGAUAUUUUCCUCCCUGAGGAUGUGAGUCGUAUCAGCAACAUCCCAAUCUCCCCAGGCUAUCAGGAUUCUUGGUAUUGGUAUGGUGACCCAAGAGGUUGCUAUACAGUAAAAAGUGGCUACAAGGCACUAGUAGGGGAACAAGAACACAUCCCAACUCAUUUUGAUAGGUGGAUCCCCCUUUGGAAACUUAAGGUGCCCCCAAAGUGGAAGACUUUCCUAUGGAGAGCUAUCAAUGAUAUCCUCCCUGUAACCACAAAUUUACUUAUAAGGAGGGUUGAGGUGGAUCCUUCAUGCCCUAAAUGUGGUGGUGCACAUGAAGAUGUUAUGCAUGCUCUUGUUUCAUGUGACUUUUCUCAAUUAGUUUGGACGAAUGAGUCUACUUUGCCUUUAUCAUCCAUUACGGGUGACACCUUUGAUAUGUGGUUUACAAAUGUGAUGAUUGCUUUGCCUGAGGAUAAAUUGGAUCUUGUUGUGGCAGUUUUAUAUUCCAUUUGGAGGGCAAGAAAUACGGCGAUUUGGGAUUGUUAUUUGCCGACCCCGAAGAAGGUGCUACGGCAAGCCAGUUCGGCCCUGCGAACCUGGAGAACAGUCCACGACAGUCGGCAUGCUACUGUCUCUCAGCCACUGCCCGUGGCCCAGCCACCGGAGAUGGAGGUCCAUCCUCAGCAGCAGAGAUGCUAUGUCGAUGCAGGUUAUCAGUCCAGUACCAGGGCAGCGUCAUUCGGCGCUGUGUUGUUUGCGCCCACUGGGGAGUUUCUCGCAGCUUGUGCAGGACCUCUCCAAGGUUGCAGCUCUCCAUUGAUGGCAGAAACAGCAGCUUGCAGCGAAGCUUUAGCAUGGUUACGCCAAAGGGGGGUGUCGCACAUCCAGCUCUUCACGGAUUGCUCCCAAUUACGUUCAGGCCUAUCAUCGCCGCAGUCAUCCUUCCGUUCGUACGUUGGGGGUAGUCGGCUCACUGUUACCCUAUGGGAGGAGCAUGUGGAUUCUGUCUUGCCUUACUAUAAUGUUGAUUUAGCAGAACCACUGAUUGUUAUACUACAACUGUGUAGAGCAUGGGUGAAUAAGGAUGGUGAUGUUAGGAUAUCCAGUUCCUACACCGCAACAAAGAUUCUAUUCAACUAUGAAUGCCCUGAGUUCCUCAAUUUCAGGGAGAGUAUGCCUAGAUUCUUGACUCUAAUACGAAGUAUAAGCUCAAGUUCAAGAAUGACUGGAUCUGGAUCAUUGGAAGCUCUAUCGAGUGAAAAUGUCACAAUUACUCCUUUAAAGGAAAUUUAUGACAACAAGAAGGUCGGAGAAUUUUGGGUACUUGGAGAAAUUCUAGACAUAAAACAAGAAUGGUACUUCAAGGCCUGUGAGGAUAAGAGGUGUGGGAAGAAGCUUGAAGAAUAUACGGACAAAAUGUACUGUAAGGCAUGCGAUAAACAACGCGUAGACGGAAUAAUUAAGUACAAAUUAGUGGUUUUUGUCUUGGAUGACGACCAGGAUGGCCAUCUUCUACUUUGGGACAAUGUUUCCUCGACACUAUUAGGAGUUACUGCUAGCGAGUUAUUGAAAAAGUAUUCUGAAGAUGAUUGCAUGCCCAAUGAAAUUGAAGACUUGAUUGGGAAGACAAUGAUGUUUAGGAUUGUCACAAAAAAGGAGCAAUUUAAAUAUAGUGGUGAUGCUGCUUUUACCGUGCUUGGAGUGAACAAAGAUGAAUCAAUCAUACAGACACAUCAAGCCAAACUACUCAAUAAAGGUGAUGAAGAAACCAUGGUUAGGGAGCUUGGUGAUGAAACUGAGUUGAAUGACAAUUUAGAACAAGCUCAUUAA